AUUUACCGUUGCAUGUAAAAUUUUGUGGUUAUAUUUACAAAUGUAUCAAGACAACGUUGUAAUAUUAAAUUUUUAUAUUACACCUAAAGGUUUUUAAGAAGAAUUAUCAAUUAAAGCCACUUCAAUUUACUGCUAUUGAAAUACGUAAAUAGGCCUAUCAGACCCUAUUAAAAUGAGUCUAAUAUUGAAGAAAAUCCGAGACGUGGAUCCCAACAAUAGUGAGGCUGUAAAAGAAUGUCUUACAGGAUUUUUCCAAAAUUUAAUGAAACAAUCUGAACCUAAAAGAUGGCUUAAAGCAUUGGAUGAUGUUAUUCGCCGCUUUCCAAAGUACUGUAUAUCUCAUAGAGGUGUUAUAGAGAAUUUCAUUAUUAGUUUUCUUAACUCAAACAAGUAUAACAAUGUCAUUGAAGCGGCAAAAUGUGCUCACUCUUUACAACAGGUUCGGCCAUCACAAGAGAAGACCUCUACACCUAAGUCUUGUUGGAGAAAUCAGAUGACUUUAUUAUGUUCAGUAACACAUAACUUAAUUGACAAAUUGUUCCCUGAUUCUCCUAGUAUGUAUACAAAUAACUUAGAGAACAAAUUACAAAAUAUAACAAAUACCCCAUUGAACACUGCAUUAUCACAGCUUAAUAUAGCGGGUGGGAAAGAUGCUGAAAGAAGAAAACGUUUGAUUACUCGACUUGAGAACAUUUUUGUUUUUAUUCAAGCAAUGCUUGUGGAAACAUACCCAGUAGCAAAGCCAAUACAACCUCAAUUAAUACUUGAUAUUAUAGUUCAUGCUUUAAGCAUAGCUCGCUCUAUAGGACAGCCCUUAAACAAUAUUGCUCAAAUGAAGACAGCAGCAUUGAGAACUCUAGAUGCCUUAAUAGCAUGCCUAGGACCGCACCUUAUUCCAUACUCGCCUCUUGUAUUCAGACUUGUGAUGCAAACCUUACGCUGGACAUCUGACAACGCUACAAAAGAAACUAAAUCUGUUCGUUGCGGUGCGUACAACACUCUGAAACGAUGGCUCUCUAUACUUCACGUACACAAAAUGGCCGACAGCCGAGCGUCAAUGGAGGACGAACUGACAUCACAUAUUAUUAAUGAUAUAACACCGACCAAGAAACUCGUUCAACUGACUAUGGGACCUCAGCCAACCAAGAAUUUAAGUAAAAAGGCGAAAAGGAAAUUGGCAACCACACAAUUGCAAGAAAGUACCAUAGCAACACAUAUGCCCGGAGAGAAAAAUAAAAAUAUUGAAUGUAAAGAAUCAAAUGAAGUAGCUGUAGCGGCUUUGGAAUGUGCGGAAACUCUGUUUAUUGUCUGUGGGAUAUUUUUGAAACCCACAACGCAUAAGGUAUUCCAAGAACGGCUAGUCCGUGAAUGUUUCAAUCUAUCGUCGUAUGACGACAACCAGGCAAUGUUGCUUCUACGGACAUUAGAAGCCUGCAGGAAAACCACUCCUAACACUGUACCCCCGCCCACACAGUACUGCCUGCAUUUGUAUAGUACGAAUGUUACUUCAAAUCAACCUGAGAUCGCCACAUUUUGUUCGAAAGCAAUACUAGACAUUAGACUCCACUUGCACUGUUCACCGCCGUCUCUGAACUUCGCCUUACAAGUCGUUGAAGAAAAGACGGAGAAACGCAAGAAGGUUUCUGAGAAAAAUCGUGCAGUUUUGGAAUCGCUUUUGGGGAAAAACAAACUACCUCCUAAUGAACGUAGUGAUAUAAUUACAAUAGCUGAUGAACCUGCGAAUAAAAAAACCAGGCUAAGUGAAGAAACAGAAAGAAUCAGUCUCAGUAGUGAAAAUAUAAGUUCAGUAGAAAUAAGCGAUGAUUCCGAUUCAGAAGUUAUACAAGAAGUUGAUGUUGAAAUACAUGAACCAAACGAUAUAGAAAUACAAGAAGUAAACGCGACCAAAAAUAAUAAAGGAAUCAGUAUCGAAGGCACAGUACAUAUUGAAAAUGAAUUAGAUAAAAUACCGAAAACAGAUAAUUCUGCCAUAUAUGAUAUGGCAACACAGAUAUCAGAGUGCACACUAUCUGAGAAUGGAACAGCAACACCAACACCUAAAACAGCUAAAGACAAUAAUUUGGAGAAAAAUACGAUAUAUGAAGCACCCACGCAACUUCCGUUGAACAACUCAAUAGAUACAUUAGAUGGUGAUGAUGCAACGUCAUCAUUAGAAGUAACCUAUGAUUAUCCCCAUACAGGAAAUGAAAAAAUACCUGUUCUAGAAAAAAUUGAAGAUUCAAAUCUACCAUUGUCAAACGAGACAGAUGAUAUUCAAAUAACUUGCGGGCAAGUCCUCAACUCACAAGAAGAAAGCAAAUGUGAUUCUGAGAAAUCGAAAGAAAAUUUGGAAAUUGUCGAAAAUGGAGUCCAAAAUGUCAAUGUUGAAGUUAGUGUAUGUGAUGCAAAUGUACAGAAAAAAGGUGCUUUAUCUGUGGAAGAAAUGAUGGCUGAUUUUGUUGAUGAAGUGCAAGAUGAAACAUAAAUUCUAUAUAGUGCCAAUUUUUGCAGUUAUUCUUUAAGCUUAAUCAAUUUUAAAGUACCCUAUUAACGCU